AUGAAGUAUCUACCAGUACAAGAUUUCGAGGCGGUGACGAGCACGCUCAACUUCAAUACUCCGGACUGCAACGUGACGGGCGGAUGCGAUCUCUAUACAACGAAAGCAUCGGGCUCUGAUAAGAAGCUGUAUAAAAAUAUUGAUAACGACCUAAACUCGCAACAUGAAGCUCUCCUAAAACUCGGCGCUAGCCUCUCACCACCUGAACGCGCUCACAUGCUGGCUACAUCGCCGAGCAUGCAGAUGUUUUCGCACUCAAGCGCUUUUGGUCCACUUUCCGAACUCUCAAGUCGCAAGACCUUUGCAUACCUCAUUGCGACACUCAAUGCAAGCCACCCACACUACGACUUUUCCCAUGUGCUUCGACCCAACGACUUCAAGCGCGAGCGGAAUUUGCGUCGCGUUAUGAUCAAUCUCGAUUCAAUCCUCCAGAACGUGAGGCCGAAUUUCGAGCCUAAAUCCUUAGGGUCCUCCUUAGGUAGCGAAGCUACUUCUUCAAUCUGGGGACCCCAAUGCUGGUCGUUGAUCGAUAAGGAGAUGCAUCUUAACGAGUGCACCAUUUUCAGCUACAACCCUGACAGCGACCCUUUCGAGGAAGAUGAGAGUGCUAUUUGGGCAUCGCACUACUUCUUUUUCAACCGCGCAUUGAAGCGAGUUGCCUACCUAUAUGUUCGUGUUGUACCAGUCAUCUCAUCCCACAGCCCGACCCUCCGGCCCGCCAAUCUUGCAAGAAAUCACAACCAACAACUCGAGUCAGCUGGCGCACAAAAACGCGCCAAUUACUGGCUUGGUGAAAAUGCGGAGUUGGUACCUUACAAUGAAGGUGACGAGUAUCUUGACGAUGGCCUCUUCUGGAACCGCGGGGAGAACGGAGAUCUCGUCGCCUACUCGGAUGAUGAAUUCGAAGAUGAUAUCGACGAUAUGGAUAUGAACAUGCUCGACAGAAGUCUCGACAGAAGUUCUGAUAGAUUCAUGAGUGAAGACAUCGCAGGCCGUAUGGAGAUCUGA